UGCAGUACAGUACCGUAAGUCCCAGGUUUGACCCCGUUUCCAAAGAGAAAGGCGUGAAUAUCUUAUUAUCACUUGGCUAUAGUCGAGUCUAGUCAAGUUGUACAGAGGCUACCAGUCGUUGAGGCACUAGGGCUAAGUGCUGUGUCUGUGUGUGACAUCAAACCAUGCCCGUCAAAAAGCAGGAUGCACAUCGCGCUCUCCAACUGCUGGACGAGUAUCGUCGCAGAUUGGAAGGCAGUGAGAACAAGCAAUUGAGGGAAGCUCUAGAGAAAGCAAUCGUAGCCAUCAGAUCGAGGCUUUUUCAGGCCUUGCUAGACAUUCACGAGUUCUACACAUACACUCUGGAGGACCGUACCAAAACUGUGGAUGUAAAGACAUCGGAAGCGAACCAACUAGCCGAGCGUUGGGAGGGCCAUGGAGCCCCUGUGCCAGCGGAGGUGCAGGAUCAGGCCAGGCAAUCCCUGUCGAAAGACAUGUCGGACUUUGGAAAGGUUGAGGUUGAGCCGACUACAUUUGAUGAUGAUGAUGACUGGAUCUACGAGGAUAUUGACAUUCAGAGGACUGAGGCUGGUGGUCUAGGAGUGAGCAUUGCUGGUGGCAUGGACAACCCUCAUGUGGACGAUGGGAACCCUGGUAUCUUCAUCACUAAGCUCAUCCCAGGAACUCCAGCAGAAACUGACGGUCGACUACAGCUUGGCGAUCAGAUAGUGUCAGUCAACGGAACAUCUCUGAAGGCAGUAUCACACAUGUUUGCUGUUCAGACACUCAAGGACUCGGGGAAAUUUGUCAACCUGAAAGUUCGUCGAAAGCAAGGCCGUGUAUGGACACCAGCCUCUGACACUGGUACUCUGGACAGACGGUACCGAGUGAAUAUAGAGCAUCGAUCUGUAUCUCCUGCCACUAGGGUGGUGGAUAUCAUCCUCAUCAAAAACAUGAAAGGGCUGGGUUUCAGUAUUGCGGGUGGUCGUGGCAACCAGCAUGUGCUCGAGGAUGAUGGCAUAUUUGUGACCAAGAUUAUCGAGGGAGGUGCAGCUGAGCAAGACGGUACUCUUGAGAUUGGGGACAGGAUCAUCAAGGUGAAUGGCAAUACAAUGGUUGAUGUAACCCACGACGAAGCUGUGGCUGUGCUCAAGGCCACUCAAGUGAAGGUGUUGCUCACCAUUGAGAAAAAUGCCAUCUCCAGCACAACUGAACCAGGGGAAGAGGGGGUUGAGGGUGGUAAGACUCAGCGCACUGUGGUGUUGACAAGAGCCGAAGGGGUUGGACUGGGGUUUAACAUCAUUGGAGGGGAGGGUGACACUGGUGUAUUCAUCUCCCACAUUUCCUCCGACUCCAUUGCUGAUAGGAGUGGACAGCUACAGGCCGGAGACCUUAUUGUUCAGGUGAAUGGAGACGACAUGCAUGACUGUACCCACGAGGAAGCAGCCACAGCUCUAAAGAACUCAGGCACCACUGUCACACUGGUGGUAGAACACAAGUCUGAGGAGUAUAAAGAGUUUCAGGCUCGUCUACAGCAGGUUCAGGCUAACGAGAGCGGAGUAUCACCGCAGCCAUCGGACGGCCCUGCACUUGUAAAACAGCUCUAUGUCAGGGCCCUGUUUGACUAUGACAGCAACAAGGAUGAUGAUCGUCCCUCGCAAGGCCUCUCAUUUAAGCAUGGAGACAUCCUACACGUCCUGAAUGGAAGUGAUGAUGAGUGGUGGCAGGCUGCUCUCGUAGGUAACCAUGGCGAUGAUGGGCCCUCAGGCAUUAUCCCAGGAAGAAAGAGGAUUGAGCGACGUACCAAGUCUAAUCAAAGGAGCGUGAAGUUCAACCGAAACGACACAUUAUCUACUGACGACAAGAAAGAAAGGAAACUAUCUACCAAUGAGAAGCGUGGAGCUCGUGCCAGCUUCAAGCUGUCUAGGAAACUGCCCUUCAUCAAGAAAGUUGGAGCUACCCCCUCCACUGACCUGGAUGACUCCAAGUCAGAGGAGCACAUUGCCACAUACGAGCCUGUCAAGCUAGAGCCCAGAGGGUAUGCUCGCCCAGUGAUCAUCCUGGGACCACUCAAGGAGGACAUUAACGAUAUGCUUGUGCAAGAAUUCCCUGACAAAUUUGCCGGAUGUGUCCCUCACACCACUCGCUCCCCUCGCGAAGGAGAGGUGGAUGCACGGGACUACCACUUUGUGUCCAGUGUGGAGAACAUGGAGAGGGACAUUCAGGCUCACCUAUUCAUAGAGGCUGGUCGCUACAAGGACAAUCUGUACGGCACCAGUAUCAAGGCUGUGCAGGAGGUGGCCAAUCAGGGGAAGCACUGUAUUCUGGGCGUGAGUGGGUAUGCUAUCAGACGUCUCCAAAUGGCUGACCUUCACCCCAUUGCCAUCUGUAUCAGACCAGCCUCUGUUGACGUCAUACAGAAUGCACAGUCCAAGAAUAGUGUGGACAUUUGUAGACAAAUACUCGAGAAGGGAGGCAGAAUCGAGCAGGAGUUUGCCGAGUUCUUCACUGCUGUGGUGGAGGGCGACUCUGUAGAGGACAUAUACACCAAGGUGAAGAAUGUGAUCCAUGAGCAGUCGGGCAGCUUUAUCUGGGUGCCCUCAUCAGAGAACAUUUAGUGAUCUAAUAAAACAUACAGUGUACAUACAAACUGUACAAAUUGUACUUAUUUUUGUUUAGGUGCUGACAAGUGUAAAACGUUUUAAAACAGCUUUAUUAGAUGAUAAUUAUUGAUCUUAUUGUUGUGUGCAGAUUUUUAGUUCAUUGCACUGUUCUAUGACUUUGUACCAACCUUCCAACUUAAUUAACAUUAAUUUAAUAUAA